CGUCAAAACGGACGAAAUGGACCUCACGUCAAAGGCUCCAACUUUCAAAUCCAAGUUCAUAACCGCUGAGCUGGCUCAUCUGUUCAGUCAGUCAGACAGCGAGGAUGAGUUUGAGGGUUUCAGUGAGGACGAGGUGGAGGGGGACAGAAGACGUUGCAGCAAGCGCCUUAAGACAAAGCAGGCAAAUUCAGAGGAGGACAGAGAGGAGGACACAGGCUUCUACUCGGAUGGCGAGGAGGCCCCUGCGCCAAAGAGGAGGAGUCUUUUAGUGGCUCUCAGGUUUCCAGUGAAAAGACUAUCGACUGCUAAACAAGAAUUAAACAAGAAAAAUAUGAAAAUGCCUGGGAAAGAGAACUCUCCGUCAGUGAGAGCCAGGGGCAGGAGGAUGAUUACGCAGGAGGAUGAUGAUGAGGAGGAGGAGGAGGAGGAGAAGAUGGACGACAUAGAAGAGCCUCAGAGCUUGACAAAACGAAAAAAGAACAUCCAAGAGAACAAAGCCAUGCUGGCUAAGCUGUUUGCUGACCUGAGCUCCAUGGCUGACCUGACCCUGCCCACCGCCCCUCAGAAGAAACGGGCGUCACAGAAGGCAACACCACAAAAACGCAAGUUCGAGUCCAACGUGGGGUCAGAAAGGAGGAACCCGUCCCGUAAAGCUCGUCCUCCUGAGAACUUUGGAGUGGAGGAACUGGGAGAGCCAGUUAUUCGCAGAGGCCCUAAAAGCAUAGACAUCAUGAGGCUGGUGGAGGUGGACGAGGAGCUUGUAGGCAAGAGGAGGAGAAAAGGCUACUCUUCCAGGAGGAGUCGUUAUGUGGUGAAGUCUGUCGAUGAGAUCACUCGAGAGGACCUGGACAACGUGGCUUAUCGCAGCAAAGACAAGAUCUGGGACAAAGAGAAUGGCAGCUCAUGUCACCAGUGCAGACAGAAGACUCUGGACACCAAGACAGUGUGCCGCAGUGGUUUCUGUGUAGGGGUCAAAGGUCAGUUCUGCGGCCCGUGCUUGAAGAAUCGCUACGGAGAGGACGUGCACACUGUGCUACUCGACCCGACGUGGUCAUGUCCCAUCUGCCGGGGAAUGUGUAACUGCAGCCUGUGUCGUAAGAAGGAGGGCCGCUGUGCCACGGGGAUCCUGGUGGGCUUGGCCCGCUACAAAGGUCAUGAUAACGUCCACGAGUAUUUGGAAAGUAUUCAGAAACAGCUGCAGUGA